CGAAUGGGUGGCAGUUCAGCUGCAGCAGCUGCUGGCGUCUGAGAGAAGCCCUUGGUGGUCGUAGGCUUAAUGAGCGGACGGCAAAGAACGCUUUUCCAGACAUGGGGCGCAAGCCUCUUCCGAUCCUCUGGGGCUCCGGUUUGCAGCUCUAGAACUGAGCGACCUCACAGCCCCGGCAGCCCCGGGGCGUGUUUUUCUGCCGCCGCAGAGGCUGCAGACUCACCGCCGGAGUCGGACGACGACGUGUUCCUGGUUGCUGUGUACGAAGCAGAGCGGCAGCUGAAUCUAGAGAAUGGCGGGUUCUGCACCUCAGCGGGCGCCCUAUGGAUUUAUCCUACUAAUUGCCCAGUGCGGGACUACCAGCUGCACAUCUCCCGGGCCGCUCUGUUCUGCAACACGCUGGUGUGUCUGCCCACCGGGUUGGGAAAGACCUUUAUUGCCGCCGUGGUCAUGUACAAUUUCUACCGCUGGUUCCCGUCUGGCAAGGUAGUCUUCAUGGCCCCCACGAAACCUUUGGUGACACAGCAGAUUGAGGCUUGCUACCGAGUGAUGGGUAUCCCGCAGUCCCACAUGGCCGAAAUGACAGGAUCUACUCAAGCUUCCACCAGGAAGGAAAUAUGGUGCAAUAAGAGAGUCAUUUUUCUUACACCUCAAGUCAUGGUAAAUGAUCUUUCUAGAGGAGCUUGUCCUGCUGCUGAAAUAAAGUGUCUAGUUAUUGAUGAAGCUCAUAAAGCUCUUGGGAACUAUGCUUAUUGCCAGGUUGUAAGAGAACUAGUCAAAUAUACAAAUCACUUUAGAAUAUUGGCUCUUAGUGCCACACCAGGUAGUGAUAUAAAGGCUGUGCAACAGGUUAUUACUAACCUACUAAUUGGGCAGAUAGAACUUCGUUCUGAAGAUUCCCAGGAUAUUUUGCCAUACUCUCAUGAAAGACGAGUUGAAAAGCUUGUUGUUCCCCUUGGUGAAGAACUUGCAGCCAUCCAAAAGGCAUAUGUACAGAUUUUGGAAUCAUUUGCCAGUUCUUUGAUUCAGAGGAAUCUUUUGAUGAGAAGGGAUAUCCCCAAUCUAACAAAAUACCAGCUAAUUCUGGCAAGGGAUCAAUUUAGAAAAAACCCACCUGCAAAUUUUGUGGGAAUACAACAAGGUAUAAUUGAAGGAGAUUUUGCUCUUUGUAUUAGUCUGUAUCAUGGUUAUGAAUUAUUGCAACAAAUGGGAAUGAGAUCAUUAUAUUUCUUCCUUUGUGGAAUUAUGGAUGGAACUAAAGGAAUGACUCGAACAAAAAAUGAACUUAGCCGCAACAAGGACUUCAUGAAGCUCUAUAGUCAUCUGGAGUGCAUGUUUGCACGCACACGUACUGCUUCAGCAAGUGGCACUUCUCUUAUCGAAAAUGGAGAAAAAAAAUUUUUCUAUAGUCAUCCUAAAUUAAAGAAAUUAGAAGAAAUUGUAGUUGAACACUUCAAGUCAUGGAAUGCUCAAAACACAUCUGAAAAGAAAUGUGACAAGACCAGAGUUAUGAUCUUCUCUUCAUUUCGAGAUAGUGUUCAAGAAAUUGCAGAAAUGCUUUUACAGCAUCAGCCAAUUAUCAGAGCAAUGACUUUUGUUGGCCAUGCCUCAACAAAAGGGAAGAGCAUGAAGGGUUUUACUCAGAAGGAGCAACUGGAGGUAGUGAAACAGUUUCGUAGUGGUGGUUACAAUACAUUGGUUUCUACUUGUGUUGGCGAAGAAGGUUUAGAUAUAGGAGAAGUUGAUCUCAUAAUAUGUUUUGACGCGCAGAAGAGCCCAAUUCGUCUUAUACAACGAAUGGGGAGGACAGGCCGCAAACGUCAAGGCAGGAUUGUCGUUAUCCUUGCUGAAGGACGAGAAGAACGUACUUAUAAUCAAAGCCAGUCCAACAAAAGAAGUAUUUAUAAAGCUAUUUCAGGUAACAGGCAGGUCCUUCAUUUUUACCAAGCAAGUCCACGAAUGGUUCCUGAUGGAAUUAAUCCAAAAUUACAUAAAAUGUUCAUCACACAUGGUGUCUAUGAACCAGAGAAGACUUCUCGGAAAUUACAGCGAAUGAGGCAAAGUAAUUCAAAGAAAGAUUGUUUCUUAUCAGAAGAAGAAUUUGAAUUAUGGAACAGAUUUUAUAGAUUAAGAGACAGCGAUGAAAUUAAAGAAAUAACAUUGCCUCCAGUUCAGUUUCUGUCCUUACAAAAUGAGGAAAACAGAUUGACUCAGGAACCAAGCAGUGGAAUUCAUCAACUCUCUUUCUCUGAAUGGAGACUAUGGCAAGAUCAUCCUCUUCCUACAUAUCAAGUUGACCAUUCGGAUCGUUGCCAUCAUUUUAUAACUAUUAUGCAAAUGAUAGAGGGAAUGAGACAUGAAGAGGGAGAAUGCAGCUAUGAAUUGAAAGUUAAAUCUUAUUUACAAAUGGAAGAUGUUAGCUCAACAUUUAGUGCUCACAGGAACAAAUAUAAUCUUCUUGCCAAUGGCACCUUUACUAGUAACAAGAAAUCUUCAUUUACAAAGAAUAUAAAUGAAGGCAAUUCAUUUUCAAUGACAGAAUCUGAUGAAGAAUGUGCUGAAAUUUUUAAACAAAAUCAUAUCAAACCUACUAAAAUUGUUUCUCUAAAGAGAAAAGCUUCUAAAAAACUGAAAAAAGACCAGCCUAAAAAAGAAAAUAAUGAUGUGGGUUCUUUAGCUCCUGAUGGCAAUUCUACUGGUGAAGAUAUUUUUCAGGUAGACCUCAAUGGUAAAGGGACAUCAGGUACAGAUGAAGUUGCUGCCCCAUGCGCUGUCAGUGCAGAUGUUGUAAACCACCCAUGUAGGCCAUUAACUGAAUGUCAGAUUACAAAUAAAUCUAUUAGUCCUCUUGCUGGACAGUUUUCAGAUUCUGGUUAUAACAGUUUUAGUGAUGAGAAAUCUGUUUUAUCUAGCUUCUUUCUUUCUUUUGAAGAAGAGCUUGCUAUAGCUAGAGCAGAUGACCAAUUUUAUAAUUGUUAUUCACCAACAAAAGAGGUGCUAGUUAAGGUAGAGGAAUUUUUAUCUCAUUCUCCUCCGUCUCUCAGUGCACUCUCAAAUUUGGAACAUGAAGUUACUAAGGGUUCUGCACUUGAAAAUUUGCUUUACCUACCCCACACAGAGUAUUUACAAAAGAAUAAGUCUACCUGCUUGAUGUCACAUUCAGCCAUAAGUUCUAGACAGAAUUCAGAAUUGAAUUCACUUAAAUUUAGUAAUCAUCCUUCUGAAAAAAGUUGCAUUUAUAGUACAACUAAUGAUAAGAUUUUUGAUGAGCCAAGCUUCUGUGACUAUGAUGAUAAAGCGCAUAAAGAUGUUAAAGAUGAAAAUUUAGUAGCCAGCAAUCAUACUCAAAUAAACAUAGGCCCUCCACAGUAUUUUGUUGAAGAAAACAAUCAUGGUGUUGAUAGCGGUGAGCUCCCCAUAUUGCUCACUGAUCAGAAUGAGAGUUUACAGCUAUUUGAAGAUACAGAGUUUAAUGAUGUGAGCCUUUCUCCCUCGAAUAAUGAAUGUAAAUCUUCAUGUGUGUCAGACAGCACUUGUAUAAACAAAAUAGCACCAGUGUCUCAGUUCUUAAUUUCUGAUGAACUCUUGUUAGACAAUGAUUCUGAACCACAAGAUCAAAUUAUCUAUGAUCCUAAGAGCUGGAAAUCCCAUGAAGAUUUGACAGGUGUACAUGAGGAAAAACUAAAGAGUGAUGAAUAUGUUUAUGACUGCUCUAAGGAUUUAUUUUCUAUUACCUUUGAUUUAGGAUUUUCUAUUCCAGAUUCUGAUGAUGAAAUAUUAGAACAUGCAUCACAUACAAAUAAGAAUAAAAUUUUAGAUGCCCUAUCUGGAAGGUGUUUAGAUAUCAAGGAGAUAAGUGAUAUAAAUUAUGUUUCAAAUCAAGCCAUAAUACCAAGAGAUCAUGUUGAUAGUUCUAAGAGUAGAUCUGUUGCUAUUUCAUCAAGUGAAGAUAAGCAGAGUCCAGCUUCUGUGCAUUUUCCACUGAGUACAGCCAAAAAUGAAGAAUUUAUGUCUCCUGGUUAUUCUCAAUUUUCUUUGCCAGUAGGGGAAAAGGUUAUGAGUACACCACUUUUUGAGUUAAACACAUUGAACUCUAAAAAGAGAAAGGAAAUGCCUAGGUUGCUAGAUUCUAAUAAAGGAAAGGAAAAUCUACAAAGUUUCAAAGAAACAUUGAAUUCAACUUUUGAUGAUUCAGGACUUUCUACAGAAAAGGCUAAAGAUGAGGAACAAAUCAGUCUAUGUCAAACCUGUAAUUCUGUUGGAGAUGAACAAUUAACGAGCAAUGAAAGUGAAGGUGGUGAGAUUUUCCAGAGAAAGAGUAAAAAAGCAAAAGGAAAUAUUUUAGAAUCUCCUGAGGAUCAGAAACAUAGUGAAAUUGAUUCUCCACUUCAUGCUGUCAAAAAGCGUAGGGUUCCUCCAAAGAAGUUAGAAUUAUCAUCCAGUGACGAGAACGAGGAUUUUCCUGAACAACAUCCACAACUAGACAACUUCAAGGGUCAUGACAGGAAUGCCAAAAGAAGCACCAAAGUCCAAAAGAGACAAAGUCGCCUGAAGUUUGUAGCUAGAACGUUUUUAGAUGAUCAAGCAGAACUUUCCCAAGAAGAUGCAGAAUGUGUUUCAUCAGAUGAAAAUGAUGAGUCAGAAAAUGAAAAAGAUUCCUCAUUACUUGACUUCUUAAAUGAUGAGACUCAACUUUCACAGGCCAUAAAUGAUUCUGAAAUGAGAGCUAUUUACGCGAAAUCUUUGCGUAGUCCAUUGAUGAUCCGUCGGUACAAAAUGGUCCACGAGAAACAUAACAACGUGAACAUUUUCUCACAGAUUCCUGAGCAAGAUGAAACCUACUUAGAAGACAGUUUUUGUGUUCAUGAAGAAGAAUCUUGCAAAAGCCAAUCAAGUGAAGAAGAAGUGCGUGUUGAUUUUAAUUUAAUAACUGAAGAUUGCUUUGCAAGUGGGAGUAAAAAAUAUAAAACCCGGCGUGCAGUAAAGCUAAAACAAAUGAAGAUGAGACAGAGUGCACGUUCAAAAAAGAAAUUAUCCAGAAUUAUUUUACUGGAUGAUUCAAGUGAGGAGGAAAACAAUGUAAAUGAUAAAAGAGAAUCCAUUCCUGUGGCUAACCCCAGCACUGUUACAGAGAGCAAACAGCAGGGCCAUUGUUGGAAUUCAGUGCUUUCGGGAUCUUCCUUACAGCCCAAGGACCAUUCUAAUCCAGUUGUCACUCAAGUGCCAAAGCAGAGGCAGCAGACACUACUUAAUUCAAAGGAUAUAGUUUCUGACAUCUCGUACUCCAAACCUCAGAGCCAUAAUAAAAUUGAAUCUACAUCACCAUCAGUCACUGCUGUUGGUUUACAGAAGGACUGUAGCAAAUUUCCAGUUCAUUUGAAGGUUGGUUGUGCUCUGGAAGAUUCUAGCACUUCAGUAUCUUCCUGUUCUGAUUCAAGACUACGUUUGGCUGGCACAUGUGCUUCCCUUAGACUCCCACAGCAAGGCCAGAGAACAUGUAUUCUUGUAGAUAGUCGUGAAAUCACUUCUGGUUCAGAAGUCAUUUCUUCUCUCAGAGCAAUUCAUGGCUUUCAUGUAGAGGUUUGUCCUCUUAAUGGUUGUGAUUACAUUGUGAGUAACCGCAUGGUGGUGGAAAGGAGGUCUCGCUCUGAGAUGUUAAACAGUAGUAAUAAGAACAAGUUCAUUGACCAGAUCCAGUACCUGCAGAGCAUGUUUGAAAAAAUAUGUGUGAUUGUGGAAAAGGACAGAGAAAAAACAGGAGACACCUCCAGGAUGUUUAAGAGAACGAAGAGCUAUGACAACCUGCUGACUACCUUAAUUAGUGCUGGAAUUCGAAUUCUUUUCAGUUCCUGCCAAGAAGAAACGGCAGAUUUGCUAAAGGAUCUGUCUUUAUUGGAACAAAGAAAGAAUGUUGGUAUUCAAGUUCCAGCAGUGAAUAGCAAUAAAUGGGAAGCACUUCAAUUUUAUCUAAGUAUUCCCAAUGUAAGUUAUAUAACUGCAUUAAAUAUGUGUUACCAGUUUUCAUCUGUGAAAAAGAUGACUAACAGCUCACCUGAGGAAAUCUCCAUGUAUGCACAAGUAACUCUUCAAAAGGCCGAGGAGAUCUGUAGAUAUAUUCACCAUGUUUUUGACAUGCAGAUGUUACCAAAUGGUCUUAACCAAGGUAGACGGUAAUCUGAUGCAUGAUCAGACUGCUCAAGUGCGGUUAUCCAAGAACUGUCACAACACCAAAUGCACUGAAAUAAUCAUUGCUGUGGUUUGUGGUUAUCAGUUUAAAAUAUGUAAAUAAGAGAGUAUUUCCAUGUUAUUUUAUAUUGUAUUUUUUAUUUACAUAGGUUAUAUAUUUUUAAAAACCUGGUGUUCAAUAAUCAUUUGAUUACCUGGACUAAAAAACUGUAUUUUUAUUGAGGUUAUUAAAAGUGUUAUUAGGAAAGUAAAAAGCUAGAGUACAUGAUUUUGAAAUUUUUCCAGAUUUUUUUGUACUGUUGUCAUUUUUUAGCUUAAUAGGCUGAUGCAUCUGACUUCUGCCAACUUAAUGGCCAUAAACAAUUUUUCCUAUAAUAUCUAGAAUAUUUUACAUGUCCUGAAUCUACAUAGACAUUGGAUAAGGUUUGGGUGUAUUGUGAGAUGAAUGGCCCAGUAACUAGGAAAGUUGAAAGUGUAACUUAGUGUAUUAAUCUUACCAAAGGAAGCCCGAUCAAGAGGUGAAAUCCUAUUAGCGUAGCCCUGACUGGUGUGGCUCAGCGGCUCGGCGGCUCAGCGGCCAGCCUGCGAACCAAAAUGUUGCUGGUUUGGUUGCUGGUCGGCACAUGCCUGGGUCGUGUGCCAGGCCCCUGACUUGGGGCAUGCGACCACCAAUCAAUGUUUCUUGCACAUCAAUGAUUCUCUCCUUCUCUUCCCCUCUCCCUAAAAAAAUAAAAUCUUUAAGAUACCAUAUUCAAAGAAGUGAUAUAUGGGUUUGGACUUGGAAAAUUUCUUUUUUGUAGAUGAGCUACUGAAUGUGUACUUUCAUUGUGACCCACCACUGUUUGUGGGGCUAUUCCUGUUUGAAGACGGCACCAUAUUCUUCUUACCUGUAACAGCGGGGCCCUUCUAGUCAUUCUAGUGCUGAAGCAGCCUUUCAUGGUGGACAUUUCCCUGCAUUUAUGUCCCUUCAUUCUCUGGUUGCCUUUUUUUGUUACACUGUUGGGUUUUCAAGCCAGUCACAGCAGAGCACUUUCUUACCUUAAACUUGGCAGCACUUCAGAGCUUAACUAAUUCAAAUUGUUUUUCUCUUUCCUUUGUUAUCAGAUGAUAAAAGUGAGGCCCAGAAACAUGUGAUUUAUGGAACUCUAGAACCAGAACACAGGAACUAGAUACUAGAUGUUAAAAUGUUACUAUAAUUGUAUAUUUAGCUCCUUUGGGACAGUAUAAAUUCCAAUAUAUUAUCCCUCAGGUUCAGUUCACCCUUCAGUACCCUCUGCCAUAAUGGAGUGGACUUCUGAAGCAUUUUUACCUAUAGUGAGAAUGGUUUAAGUUUUGUCAGAAGGAAGCAGGGUCUCUUUCUGGUUUCAGUUUGCUGUUUCGCUUUCCUGCUCCUGAUGUAGCGUCAGCAGUGCGUGUGGGUGGGGGGACAUCUGGUAGUGUUCUGCCCAGCUGUUUGCAGCAAACCUGCAGUUAGUUCCUCAACAACCUCACACUGACCUGGGCUAAUGACCACCUCGCAGCAUCUCCCGUGCAGACUCUAUGUGUCAAGAUUCUAUGUCCACCCAUCAGGCAAAAUAUGUCCUGAAUUAACAUGGUGUGAGGAAUAUAAACUAGAGGAUUUAUUUAUGCUUGUUGUGUAAAGAGCUUUAUUCAUAUUUAAGCUGCAGUAGGUCUCAUUGGUAGCACUUAACUAUCAAACUAUUGAUUACCACUCCAUCUUAACUAUUUUUCUCUCUGAGCCCUUAAAGCCUUUCUUUUCUACUUUUAAGUCUUCUUUGGAGGUUACCUUAAACCCUGCCAGCUUACCUUAUGGCCUCAUGGAAAGAAAUGGGACUAACCUGGAACUUGGCAGGUGGGAUACAAUAAAAUUAGACUAGGAAGGACUUACAAGUAGUUCUGACAGGACACAGGAACUAUGGUGAGUGUGGGGGCAGGAAGUGGUCACACUUUGGUUUGUAUCAAGUCUAUGCUAUUUCAAAAUUACUUUUUGUUGCCCAAUAAGCAAUUUAACUACCUUCUAACUCCUAAAACACUAUAUUAAUAUCAAGCAGCAUUGUGUUAUACUAAAUAUAAUGGCAACUACUAAAUAUACUGGCAACUUAACUUCUACAACUCUUUAUUUUUUACAGCCACUCUAAAAUAACCUUAAUUUGUUCCAUACUACAUCUAUGCAUCAAGUCCCUGUGGCAGAAAAAAAGCAUGGGAAUUUAAAGGAGAGUGAUCUCAGUCUAAUUGCAUCAUUCUUUUUAAAUCCCGUGUUUCUCUGAACCCUAUAUUAUGUAACUGCUGAUUAUUAGACUAAAUUCUUAAGACACAAGAAAAUUUGUAAUUGUUGUUCAAGUACAAUUGUUUCCAUUCCUCCCUUGCCUCCCAUCCCCAUCUCCCACCCUGAAUCCUCCCCCGUUUUGGCUUUGUCCAUGU